AUGCAAUACAAAUCCACCGUUUUGGCCGCUGCCGCGCUAGCCACCUCUGCCUCUGCCGCCGUCACCGGCUCUGAGCCAUGGAGCACCUUGACUCCUACUGCCACCUACUCCGGUGCCCUCACAGCCUACACGGAAUCUUUCGGUAUUGCCGUGGUGCCAGUCACCUCUUCUGUGUCCACUUUGAGCGCUGCUACCGCCUCCGACCACGCCAAGAGAGACGCCAUUUCGCAAAUUGGUGACGGCCAGAUCCAGGCCACCACCUCCACUGCCCCAUCCUCCAAGGCUACCGCUGCCGCUAUCUCUCAGAUCGGUGACGGUCAGAUCCAGGCCACCACUGCCACUACUCCAAAGUCCUCCGCUGCCGCUAUUUCCCAGAUCGGUGACGGUCAGAUCCAGGCCACCACUGCCAAGUCUACUCCAAAGUCUUCUGCUGCCGCUAUUUCCCAAAUUGGUGACGGUCAAAUCCAGGCCACCACUGCCACUGCUCCAAAGCCUCUGCCGCUGCCAUCUCCCAGAUCGGUGACGGUCAAUCCAGGCCACCACUGCCACUGCUCCAAAUCUUCUGCCGUCUGCCAUUACUCAAGUCGGUGACGGUCAAUCCAAGUCCACCACCACCACUUCGAAGCCUUCUGCUCCUGACCAUCUCCCAGAUCGGUGACGGCCAAAUCCAGGCCACUACUGCUAACGCUACUACCGUGAGCGGUGCUUCUCAAAUUGGUGACGGUCAAAUUCAGGCCUCUUCCACCUCUGCCUCGAUCUCUCCAGCCUCCACCUCUGACGCUUCCUCUUUCGUGUCUUCCGUCUCUUGCAAAGCUGAAGGUUCUCUAUCCAUGACUUUGGACAAUGGUAUGCUAAAGGAUUCCAAGGGAAGAAUCGGUUCUAUCGUUGCCAACAGACAAUUCCAAUUUGACGGUCCUCCUCCACAAGCCGGUGCCAUCUACGCUGCUGGCUGGGCCAUCACCCCAGAAGGUAACUUGGCCAUUGGUGAACACGAUGUCUUCUACCAAUGUUUGUCGGGCAACUUCUACAACUUGUACGACGAAUCUAUCGGAUCUCAAUGCUCUCCAGUCCACUUGGAAGUCAUUGAACUUAUCGACUGUUAA